UCAACCGCUCUUGCAGCCUACAAAGCAACGGGAUGCUCAGGACCAGCAGAGUCCAUAUCUCGUUAGGCUUCAGGCCGUGCUUGAAAUCAAAGCUAAAUGCACCAGGUUUAUGUGGUUUAGGUCUACAAGUACAAACUGAUGGGCGCACACCAUGAUGCUCUGCGAGGAGGAGAAACCAUCUCCCGUUGUCUUGUAACGUUUGACAUUUGCUUGUCCGAGGAAACUCUUUACAUUGCCCACAUAUAUUCAUUGAUCACGUAAAUGCGUGGCCAAAUGUGGAUUCGUGACCGAAGUGGCUCCUGAAGAAAUGUGCUUACGGGUAAGCAUCUGAUGCGUCAAGAGUACGUGGAGUUUCCAGGUGCUUUUAAAAGUCAGACGACGUCAAAGUUUACUAAAACAGGGAGGAAUAAGAAUAUCAGUUUCUUCCAUGUUUGCCGAGAUCCGAAGGUCCACAGAGACCCCUGGCCCGGAGACAGGGCAUUUAUCAAAGUCUGCGUGAUCUACCUGUAGGAGCUAGCAGACUGAAAGGUGCACGAGGUGCGACUCUAUUUUUCGGAAGUUUGAACGAGUGACGAUCAUGGUCCAAAAACUCCAAUGAGCUAGCUCCAUCUCUGCACGACGAUGACGUGCCACGAGCAUCUGACAAAGCUGUCGUUCUUCAGUGCGUGAGUUCUGAAUUCUUUAAUCUGAUCGCUGUCGAGAAGCUUCAAAGGUUCG